UUGCUAUUAUCGGGGGUCAUUGAUUCUGAAUAUAGUGACCGAACUUGGCCGGUUCUUAUACUUGGUUUCAUCACUUUUCUACCUGGCGUUUAUCAACUAAGAAUUGCAUAUUGUGCUUGGAGAGGCUACGUCGGGUAUUCAUUUGACGAUAUUCCAGACUACCACGAUUAAAAAAGGAAAUGGCUCGCGAUCCCCAGUUUGUGAUGCGAUACAUGGAAGAACUGGAGCAGCUGGCAGAGGAUGUAUUGAGUGACAAACAGCAGAUUGUGGAUCUUGAUAAGAAGAGAAAUUCCAACAGAGAAGCUCUUGCUGCACUUCAUAAGAAGACAACAGCACCAGCAUCUUCACAAAAUAAAACAUGGCUGAACUUUGGCGGUGUUUUCCUGAAGUUACCAAAAAAAUCAGCCAUUACGAUGCUGCAAUCAGACCAAGCUGAAUUAGACAAAGAAAUAUCUCAGAUUCGUGACAAUCUUCAUAACAAGGUGAACAAACUAAGGGACGCACAAGGUGAAAGUGAUCUGCUUGGUUAUGGCUUACAUCCACUGUCUAAAGCUGAACUGAACAGAGUGAUGCACUGAUGUGUUUCACAUAAAACAUUGUAUAACACUGCACAACGUAUGUAUGUGUAGGAAAUCAAAAAAAAGUAACAGCAAGUGUAGGGCACCAAUUAAAUGUACAUUUAAUUUAAAUCCUAAAAUAAUUAAGUUGUGUGGGUUAAAUACAUGCCACAUAUCGGAAUAAUUAGUUGCAAACAGUGGUACAUAGCUUAAAGAAAUUGCAACACUUUUAUUUAUACUUUUAACUGUAACCGCAGCAGAACAUUCAAUAAUUGCUUUACACUGUGCAAUUCAUGUUAUAUAUCAUAUAAUAAACAAGCAAAAAGCA